UAAACCAAGGCUGCCCAUGUUUUCACAAGGGCUGAGCACAUCUACCGACAAAUGAUGAUGGUUACUUUAUCACAUCCUUUCUAAAUAGUCAUUGUUGACUCAGUUAACCAUAAAGGGCAAAGCAGAAUGAACUUUUGAAUCAAUUUACGUAACAAAAUGGGAAGAAUAAUAAGCAUAGCUGUACACUGAAGUUAGUUUCAGUUCUUCCUCCCGAGUGACAGACGCAGAAACAGAGGGAUCUAGAAGAGCAGAUGGUAAAAAGAAGCUUGAGAAAUUAUGUGGAAUCUUGAAGCAGACGAAAGAAUUUCAGAUUCUGAAGAGGAGAACACCCUGUCUUCAGAAGAUGAAAUAGACAUUGAGUGCGAGAUUCUGGAGAAAGAGCGAGAUGAGGCGAAUGAAAAGCUGUCAAGGAUGGAGGAGGCGUCUGCUCAACUGCUCAAGGAGCUGGAUGUGUUAGAGAUGCAGUUUCAGAUUGAGCGAUCGUGCAGGGAGACCGCAGAGUCCUUUGCACUGAAGGUGAAUAAAGAUUUCAAGGCAUUAAAGAGGCAAAGCCAAGCCAUACUUCCCCUGAUUCCAGAAAUGCCAGAAAAUUUCUCUAUCCUGAACCUGGACCCCGAGGCUGAUCCCAGCUCUGAAACGGUCUCUGAGGAAGAGAACAGUGAAGAUCCGCUUCUCAUGAGUCAGAAUCAAAUUAGAGAACUACAGUCAUCUGUAGACCGAUUACUUGGAGAAAAAAUUCAACUCACUGCACAGGUGGAGCUUCUAAAGAAAGAGAAGGAAGAUUUGAAGGACAAGUUGGUGUUGGAGGUCAGAGAGAAAGAGGCCCUUCUGAGGAAGCAGAGCAGGACUGUGAAUAAAAUGAAGAGAGUCUCCCAGCUGGUUACAGAAGAGUUUACAGAGAUGUCUCAGAAGUUCGAAAUGGAGCAAGGACUCAGGCAGCAUGCCGAAGUGUUUGCACACCAGAUGCUGGUGAAACAGCAGGAAACCCAGAGACAGAUUCAGAAUGCAGAGAAUGAGAAACAACUACAACAGGCUCUGAGUCAAGUGACUAAAAUCUGCAAAGCUCUGGAAGAGAUACGACUCUAUUACCAAAACCAGAUGUCUCAGACAGCAGCUCAGGAUCUCAACUCUCUGUCCGAUCUGGCUGCAGUAAGAACAAAGCUGGAGAUCAGUGAGAAAGAGAGGAGCGAGACUGAGAUUCAGCUGAGAGACUCGAAACAAUCUGUAACUGCACUUCAGGAGGAAAUCAAGCUGCUCAAGGAUAAACUGAAAGAGAUGGAGCAACUUCCUUCCAUUCAAUCUAUCCAGCUGAAUGAGGCAAAGGAAAAUCCAGCUGAUCCACCAUCACUGGUGCCGCCAGCACCUCCUCCUCCUCCACCUCCUCCUCCAUCUUCAGCUGUCACUGACCCAUUAAAGGCUUUGAGGAUCAGAAAGAAGGGAGAAAACAGCGCCACUCAAACUGCGAAACCCGCAAUUACGGAGGAUAUGAAGGCCAGAGCUGUGGAUGAAAUGAUGGAAAGAAUCAAAAAAGGCAUUAUUCUCAAACCUAUUCUCAGAACGCCACAGGCUGUGUUAGAGGAUGAAAAUGUAUGGAAGGAGCAGAGGUCUGAUAAUCGGAAAUCAGCUGUUCUGGAAUUGCAAGAGAUGCUGGUUUCCACGAGGAGGCCUGGCCCUCGAAGGGUGGAGUCUAAAAAACGCUUCAGCCGUAAUGUUGGGGAGGCGGAGCUUCAGAUGGUGCUCCAGAGAAGGAGGAGGGCCAUGGGGGAUGAAAAGGGGACCCCUCCUUCUCCAUCCAAACCCAAAGAUCCACCCGCAGCCGUGUCCGUCUCGAGCUCUUCGCCCUGGGCGGGGGAGAGUGGAAGCGCCCCGGUGCUCCGGAGACUUCAGCAGAACCGUGAGAAGAGAAUCUCUCGCAUAAAGGCUUCAGAGUCCAUUAUAUGGGAAGAAAAGUGAGUUUUGAGGGUGUUUUAGUCUGACCUUCUGCACUUUUGAGAAACACGAUGUUGAACUAAGUAUGACUUCAACACCUAUUUCCUUCUGCCAGAUGCCUCAAUUUGUUUAAAGUAAAUGUCACGAAGCUGAAUAAAGUGUUAACCCUGUUAACUGUGCGAUGAAAAAACCAAGGACCCAUGCAUUCAAAAGUGAAUUAUGAAAGAA